CGUGCCUGCUGAUGACGGUGGCAGACGGCGCAGGUCAGUCCAGUCCGCUGUUCCCGGAGGAGGAGUGCCUGAUGCGAUAAGACCAUUUUCUGCGGGGACCACUUCUUAAUAUCCGGAAGAACAAUCACCUAAACGGCCCAGUGGGAGUUAGUUUGGACGGCCUGUGGUCUGGAGGUGAAUGAAAACUGUUUCCAAACGGGCUCAACACUGUUUUGGAGGCCUGUUGCUAGCUCCGGGAAAUCCUCGGGCUAGCUUAGGAGACACCGGGCCGGAACAGCGCAGAGGACCGGGAAUGGAGCUCCGGGGAUGAAUUCAUCGAUCAGGUUUUAUUAAUCAGCUGGUUUAGCUCAUAAGAAAAAAAAACGGACAGCAUUUAUGACCUUUUAUACCCAAACCACUGACUUUUAGUUUGACAGCUAGCUAACAUUAGCCCCUGUGUUUACAAGCUAACUCCGCCGAGAUUCUGUGGAGAAGUUGGCACUUAGAUGUAUUUGUUUCAGUUUGGGAUUUGCAUUUUGGCUGCCUGUUAGCCGGGGUUGAUUUGUAAACCUCUUGCGCUCUUGUCUACGCCGACUGAAGGUCGUAAGCAAGGCAGUCCGAUCAGAAGGACUCCCGGGCUAAGGUUAUCACAGCCCCGGGCUUAUCUGCUGCAGCCCAAAGUUUGUUGCCUUGUUGGACUGGAAGACACAGGCCAGAAACUAGUGUGUUUCCACCGUCCUUAAGCUUAUGAAUGUUACAGACUGGCUUAGAAAAGUCUGAAGCACAGAGUGACAGGUGGUUUGUCUGGAGUAGAUUUAAUGGGCCAAUAUCCAGGAAAAAUAGGACAGAGUCAGAAAUGAAUAAUUGACUUUUAUUAGAAACUGUAGUGGAACUGGAACUGGGUGGAAAGAAUCAAAGCCUUUAUGAAUAAACACACCAGGAUCACUAAACAUCAGACUGAAAAAUAAAAAUAAGGGGAGUGACAUUUGUUAUUCUUCCUUAAAGUCAGUUAUUCCAGUUGAGAGGUCCAGUUCUGCUGAUAGUCCAGUUCUAUCUGUAGUUUUUAAUUCAUUCAAACCUGUAGUUCUCAAACCUAAGCUGCAGGAUCUGUGUUUCUCAGCAGCCACAGAGUUCCAGAUGAAGGCUGUCAGAGAAGUGAUGCUGUCAGGACGUGCAGGUGUAGUUUGGCGUUGUUAAUCUCACACCAGAGUCCAUCCACCGCUGCAGCAGAACCAGCCUGUUUGCCCUUUUAUUCUCUUGAGCUGCCUUUGCUCAAGACGAAGACACUAUGAAUCGUUACCUUCCCGUGGCCCGACAGCACUUCCUGGCUGCUCUGGCCAGCACCAGUGUGGUGGUGAAGUCCAUCAGUGCUGUGGUGGUCCUCCUCUACCUGCUGUCCUGGGCUGUGGACACCCCGUAUGCACUCGGGGUCACCCCAGGCUACCUGUUCCCUCCGAACUUCUGGGUUUGGACUCUGGUGACCCACGGUGUGGUGGAGCAGCAUGUGUGGGGCGUGGCGGCCAAUGUGGGGACAGUUAUGGCCUGUGGACGCCUCCUGGAGCCUCUGUGGGGCGCUCUGGAGCUCCUGAUCUUUUUCGCGGUGGUUAAUGUGUCAGCGGGCCUGCUCGCGGGACUCUCCUACCUCCUCACCUACGUGGCUACGUUUGACCUGGACUUCCUGUUUGCUGUGCGUGUCCAUGGAGCGGCGGCCUUCCUGGGAGGUGUCCUGGUGGCGUUGAAGCAAACCAUGGGGGACACGACCGUCCUCAGAGUGCCACAGGUGCGUCUGAAAGCGGCGCCGGCCCUGGUCCUGCUGCUGCUCGCCUUACUGCGCCUGUCGGGGCUGCUGGAGAGCUCUGCCCCCCUGGCCGCCUACAGCUACGGCGCCCUGUCCGGGUGGGUGUACCUGCGCUUCUACCAGAGGCACAGCCGGGGCCGCGGUGACAUGUCGGACCACUUCGCCUUCGCCAGCUUCUUCCCCGAGGCGCUGCAACCGGCCGUGGGACUGCUGGCCGGCCUCGUCCACGCUGCCCUGGUCAAGAUAAAGGUCUGCAGGAAGAUGGUGAAGAGGUACGACGUGGGGGCGCCGUCCUCCAUCACCAUCAGCCUCCCUGGGACCGACCCCCAGGAUGCCGAGAGGAGGAGACAACUGGCGCUGAAGGCUCUGAACGAGCGUCUGAAGCGUGUGGAGGACCAGUCUGCGUGGCCCAGCAUGGACGACGAAGAAGACGAUGAUGACGAUGAGGUCAGGACCGACACGCAGCCGCUCCUCCCCGCAUCCGCCUCCUCCGCGCCGAGGCCGGGGGGUGGAGCUGUCGGCGCCUCCGUGUCUUCGUCCUCUUUGUCCCAGAGCGGCGCGGCGCCCUCUACAGGCGGAGCCACGCACCCGGAAGUCCGCAUCAUCAGCUUCGAGGACGCGCCUUCAAGAUCGUAACGGAUGGUGCGUAGAGAGACUGGCGUUGUGACGGGAGUGACUGCGGGUAUACGAAUACGAGUAUACAAGUACGAGCAUACGGGUACCAGUAUAUGAGUAUGAAUAUACAAGUACAUGUAUAGAGUAACCAGUAUACGAGUACGAAUAUGCGAGUACCAGUAUAGACUACAGUAUAGGAGUGCGUUCAGUGUCAGUAAGUAGGCAUACACUCGAUAUCACCAACACACACCCAGACCUUCACGUCCAAGGAUCGUGGACUGUACAGCGCUUUCACUACAGACUCGUCGGUUGUAACGCCUCAUUUUCUGACCAUGGGUGUCAACAUACGGCCCGUGGCCAAACCGGCCCGCCAAAGCUUCCUGUCUGGCCCGCGGGAUGAACUGGGUGUCAAACUGAUUUCAGUUCAGGUUGCCACAUUCGUCCGGUUUGACCUCAAAUGGAUCGAACCAGUCAAAUAUUCUAGUAACGGCAAAUAUGGUGACUCCAAAUUCCAAACUCUGAUAUUUUACCAGUAUUCUGCCUGUUUACUAAAUGUCUUGUGCCUUUUGUAGAUCCACUCAAUCUGUAAUGUAGAUGUAGAGUAAAUGGACAAAAGUGUGUGGACACGUUGACUUCAGGUGUUUCUUUUCUAACAGGGGUCUGGGAUA